AUGGGUGACAAUAACACCGUGGGUGACAAUAACACCGUGGGUGACAAUAGCACCGUGGGUGACAAUAACACCGUGGGUGACAAUAACACCGUGGGUGACAAUAACAACACUGGUGACAAUAACACCGUGGGUGACAAUAACACCGUGGGUGACAAUAACACCGUGGGUGACAAUAACACCGUGGGUGACAAUAACAACACUGGUGACAAUAACACCGUGGGUGACAAUAACACCGUGUGUGACAAUAACACCGUGGGUGACAAUAACACCGUGGGUGACAAUAACACCGUGGGUGACAAUAACACCGUGGGUGACAAUAACACCGUGGGUGACAAUAACACCGUGGGUGACAAUAACACCGUGGGUGACAAUAACAAUGGUGACAAUAACACCGUGGGUGACAAUAACACCGUGGGUGACAAUAACACCGUGGGUGACAAUAACAACAUUGGUGACAAUAACACCGUGGGUGACAAUAACACCGUGGGUGACAAUAACACCGUGGGUGACAAUAACACCGUGGGUGACAAUAACACCGUGGGUGACAAUAACACCGUGGGUGACAAUAACAACAUUGGUGACAAUAACACCGUGGGUGACAAUAACACCGUGGGUGACAAUAACACCGUGGGUGACAAUAACAACAUUGGUGAUAAUAACACCGUGGGUGACAAUAACACCGUGGGUGACAAUAACAACAUUGGUGAUAAUAACACCGUGGGUGACAAUAACACCGUGGGUGACAAUAACACCGUGGGUGACAAUAACAACAUUGGUGAUAAUAACACCGUGGGUGACAAUAACAUCGUGGGUGACAAUAACACCGUGGGUGACAAUAACAUCGUGGGUGAUAAUAACACCGUGGGUGACAAUAACACCGUGGGUGACAAUAACACCGUGGGUGACAAUAACAACAUUGGUGAUAAUAACACCGUGGGUGACAAUAACAUCGUGGGUGACAAUAACACCGUGGGUGACAAUAACACCGUGGGUGACAAUAACACCGUGGGUGACAAUAACAACAUUGGUGACAAUAACACCGUGGGUGACAAUAACACCGUGGGUGACAAUAACACCGUGGGUGACAAUAACACCGUGGGUGACAAUAACACCGUGGGUGACAAUAACACCGUGGGUGACAAUAACAACAUUGGUGACAAUAACACCGUGGGUGACAAUAACACCGUGGGUGACAAUAACAACAUUGGUGAUAAUAACACCGUGGGUGACAAUAACACCGUGGGUGACAAUAACAACAUUGGUGAUAAUAACACCGUGGGUGACAAUAACAUCGUGGGUGACAAUAACACCGUGGGUGACAAUAACACCGUGGGUGACAAUAACACCGUGGGUGACAAUAACACCGUGGGUGACAAUAACACCGUGGGUGACAAUAACAACAUUGGUGAUAAUAACACCGUGGGUGACAAUAACACCGUGGGUGACAAUAACAACAUUGGUGAUAAUAACACCGUGGGUGACAAUAACAUCGUGGGUGACAAUAACACCGUGGGUGACAAUAACACCGUGGGUGACAAUAACACCGUGGGUGAAAUAUUGCGUAGUUCAAUUAUUGCGUAUACACGCUGGGAGUGA